CCUGCAAAUUUCCGGAAGCCAUGUCGAAGGAACCAUUCCACCCUGCUCCUUCAGGCUCUGAACCUCACUCAAGCCCGCCCGCUGGAUUACGAGAUGCAGAAGGCCGCGGCGGCGAUGAUGCGAAGCAGGUGGAGAAGACGAAUGCGAACAAGAAAGUGUUGGUUAUCAUGGGUGCGACUGGUGCCGGUAAAUCACGGCUCGGCAUUGACCUCGCCGAACACUUCACAGGCGUCGAAAUCAUCAACGCUGAUUCCAUGCAGGUAUACCGAGGUCUCGACAUUCUUACCAACAAAGUCCCCAUUUCCGAGCGCAAAGGCGUUCCUCAUCAUCUCCUCGGUACCUUUGAAGAAUCCAUGGAGUUUACAUCCAGAGAUUUUCGUGAUGCCGCCAUUCCUAUUAUAGAUGAUAUACUAUCACGUGGUUGCCUUCCUGUAAUUGUUGGGGGUACGAAUUACUACAUACAGGCUCUUGUGAGUCCUUUUCUUGUUGAUGAUGUGGUGGAAGAUAUGGGCGAAUGUUUUAAGAAUUCUUUAUUUUGCGACAUAGAUCUAAACAGCAUUAGUUCGUCUUCUUCCUAUGAACUUCUCAAGGAGAUUGAUCUGAUUGCAGCUAGUAGGAUCCACCCAAAUGAUCAUAGAAAAAUUAACCGCUAUGUGAGUGUAUAUGCUGGUUCAGGAGUCCUCCCAAGCAGUCUUUUUCACGGAAACCAUGCAGAAAAAUGGGGACGUGCUGAAAAUUUCAGAUAUACCUGUUGUUUUUUCUGGUUGGAUGCCUCUCUGUCUGCUUUGGAUAGAUAUAUAAACAGCAGGGUUGAUUCUAUGAUUAAUGCGGGCUUGUUAAAUGAAGUAUCUGACAUUUACAAACCAAGCUCGGAUUACACUAGAGGCCUGAAGCAAGCAAUAGGUGUACGAGAAUUUGAGGAGUUUUUUAGAGCUUAUUCUCGCCGUAACAAUGCAUUUUAUGCUUCUUCCUUGAAUGGAAACAUCGAUGUUCCAAAGCCAAAAUUUGCGGAUAUUUUGCAUUCUAAAGAGAACGAGCUGCAGAUUUUAUUGUUCGAAGCUAUCGAAAAGUUUAAAGCGAACACACGCAAGCUUGUUCGUCGUCAGAAACGAAGGCUAAAUCGUUUGAAGGCGGAUUUUGGCUGGAACAUGAAAUACAUUGAUGUGACAAAAGCCUUAUCCGAUGAGGCCGGUGAUUCGUGGUCCGCGUUGGUUCUUCAACCUUGUGUUGAGAAUGUUAGAGCAUUCUUACUAGGAGCAGGCUCGUUUACUUCCAAUGAAGAGUCACAUGAUAUGCUUUGGCAGCGGCUUACGGCAAGGGAACUCUGCACUCAAUAUGUUUGUGAGGCCUGCGGAAAUCGAGUCCUUCGAGGAAAACACGAAUGGGAACAACAUACAAAAGGACGCGUGCACAGGAAAAGAUUUCUUAGUUUCAAGAAACACCUGAAGUCCUCCCUUGAUCAGGAGGCAGAUAAUUAUGGUGAGUUAAAAAUCAUUGAUUUAUCACCUCCGAAACCAUCAGAUUGAGACCUUUCUGCUGCAUUCUGCCUUGUUUAAGGUCUCUCAUAUUUUAAAUGUUGAACAAGCCCUAAUAUGUCUAAUUUGUCAUCGGAUUCACAAAUGACAUAAUAGAAUAGAGAACUAGAUAUAAGGCUUGAGGUAAAAAUUAUCUGUAUGUGCUCCGAUUAAUGUACUAAAUAUUCGUGCAAGCGAUUUGAGAAUGAUGCGUUGUUUGAAACUAAAUUUA